AUGAAGAGUAUGGACGCUUUUGAGGCUAUUCUUGCCUUGCUCAUCUAUUUAUUGUUCCUCUUCCCUAAUGUUGACGAGUUUGUUGACAUUAAUGCUAUCAAAAUAUUCCCAAUUGAAAAUCCAGUUCCUACUUUGCUUGCAGAUGUUUACCAUUCAGUCCAUCUUAGGAAUUCUCACAAGGGAGGAAUGAUCAUAUGUUGUACAACUCCGCUCUACAAGUGGUUUAUUUCACACUUGCCUCGGUCUACUGCCUUUUGGGACCUCAAGGAUGGUUUGCUAUGGUCACAAAAGAUUAUGUCUCUCACUCAUUUUGACAUUGAUUGGUUUGAUCGUGCUUAUGAGGGGGUGAAAAUCAUUGAUAGUUGUGGUGAGUUUCCUAAUGUACUUCUUCUUGGUACAAAUGAAGGCGUUAACUACAACCCGAUUUUGGCUCACCGUCAGUUUGGAUACCUAAUGAAGGACAAGCCCAACACCGUCUUCUUAGAGAGUUUCUUCUUCAAGGAAGGAGAAAACAACAAAGCGUUCAAAGAAAAGAUUGUGCAUGCCUAUCGCCAUGUCCAUAAGAAAAGAAGAGAAGUUCUAGGAAAGCUAGAUUGUGUCUCUUUGGAUCCUUAUCUCCAAUGGGUGCAAGCUAGGACCGUUAGUUUGAAAAUGCCUUAUCCUCGACAAAAUACUUUGUCUUAA